AUGGCUUCAUCAUUGUUGUUGUCCAACGCUGUUUCUUCGGUUUUUCAACCGAAUAUCGAGGCUUUUGAUGAUAUUCGCAAUAAUUUGGUGUCUGGUGCCCUCCUCUCCAAGCAUGGAUUCAAGAUGGUUUUCGAAUCUGAUAAUUUCAUUCUGUCUAAGAAUGGUGUUUUUGUCGGGAAAGGCUAUACUGCAAAUGAUGAAGUUUUAGACAAGUUCAAGGCAUAUAAAGCAGAAGUCGAAGAGCAGCUGAAUUCAAGCAUCAAAGUUAUUCGAUCAGAUAGAGGAGGAAAAUACAUCAAGUCCGAGUUUCAACAUCUAUGUGAAGAUGAAGGAAUUAAAAAACAACUGACAGCCUCUUAUACUCCUCAACAAAAUGGAAUAGCUGAAAGAAAGAACAUAACUUUGACAGAAAAUUGUGAACUCAAUGCUUACCAGUUCAGGCUUACCUAA